CUUAAAUUUAAGAACCCUAAAUCCAACGGAAAUCAAUUCUAAUCAACUUCUUCAGAUAUCUCCGAAGAAGACAGAAGACGACGAAUUUUUAUAUCGAAGCAAAUUUGCAUCUGCCGAUGCCAUUCAUUGAUUCACCAUUUUCGAACUCCGAAGUUCAUUUCAAGCUUUUCAUCUGAACAUUAUACUCGAAUCGUUUUCUUUCAAGCAGAAGCAACGCUUUGGAGAAGGAAGCAAUGCUUGGUCUCUCUUACGGUGAGAUUCUAGUCAUCAUCGGCGCCACUGCUGCUGUUGUUGGGCCAAAGGAUCUUCCUAUUAUUGCUAGAGCAGGAGGAAGAUUAUUUGGACGAGCAAUUGGCUACAUUCAAAUGGCUCGUGGUCACAUAGACGGUGUCAUGAAGCAGCCUCAAAUGCAAGAGAUUUCGAAAGAAGUUCAAGAUUUGCGAGCACAAGUGGACGCUAUUAGCCAUGGAGCAAGUUUCUCUCUUUUUAAUUCCAAUCCUUUGACUCGACGAGUGGACAAUUAUUCUCCAGAAUCUAAUCCAAGCACCAAUGGGAAUGUUACAUCAGUCAAUGUUGAAGAAAGACAGAAGAGUGCAGAUCAUUGGAGAAAGGCUCAAGAAUUUAGUGGCUCGUCCUCGUCGGCUUCAGUUAACCUACACGCCCAAGCAACAACAUUUGCACGAUUAUCCGAGACAGUCAGUGGCCAAAGUCAGUCUCUAACCAGCGACUCAGGCAUCUCACAUGUUCUUCCAGUUUCAGCUGAAAUGGCAAAGUUGCUCCCUCAUCGCAAAGAGAGUGUAAGAGGAUCUGAUUUAAUGCUGGAGGCAGUUCUUGAAGCCGAAGUAGCACACAAAGCCAAACUCUUUUUUGAACAAGCAGAAAAAGAAACUCCAUCUUUAAAAGGGAAGCUUCUCGGUGGCGGUGACGAGAAAGGGGAAAGUUGAAAGUCAAGUUUAUGGGAUCGUCGAGCACAUGACACCGGGCAUGGUCAUUGUAGGUAGCGUGAGAAUUGACAAUUUUUGGAUCGUGGGCCUUGUUGUCGGAGUGGGCUUUUAUGCUAAUGGGCCAAGAGUUUGACCUUUAAUUCCCGCUGGUGAUUCGAAACUUGAAAUAAGUUCCAUCUUGUAAAUAAUCCUCCUGCUGCAGAUUUAGAUGAAAUUUUGUGUGUUAAACUUGGCUAUAUAUUUUGUUUCCGGG